GUAAAGGGUCCGCUGAUCGACGCAACUGACGUCUACCUGCAGCGCAAGGAGAAGUACGAGAAGAGCAUGCACAACUUGGACGAGGGCGAGAGGAAGCAGCACCGGCUCAUUCAUAUGAUGCGUGCAUCCCUGAAGAAGAAGCAUGGGGAGCACAUGAAGGAGUUCCAGGACACAUUGGACGCUGACCUGGAGGACCUUAAUGCCUCAAAGGCAGGUGGCUCCGGCAAGAGCGAAGAAGGGGACGAAGAUGAAAACGGUGACGAGGACGAGAACGAGGAUGCAGAGGAUGAGGAUGAGGAUGAUGAGGCCGAAGAAGGACCUGGAAAUUCUGCGGAGGAGGAGAGCAGCAAGAAGGAAGCGAGCAAAGGACCCAGCUCUCACAAGGCCGCGGCCCUCACAAAGAAGGACUGCAAGAAGAGGAAGACAGCUAAGAAAGGUACGGAGAUUUGGUGUGGCUGCAAUACCAACUCUGAGCCCAUCAGUACGGAGGAUACCUGUGAAGACCAGGGUGGAGGUCGAAAGGAGGAGUGCAAAUGGUCGUCAGAGGCGUCAGUGUGCCUUCCGAAAGACAAGUGA